AUGGACACCGUCAAGACAACAAAGUUUCUUCUCAACAACCCCAUCGAGUCUCCCUACAAGACUCAGUUUUGGGAGGUCGGUCAGCGAUCUAAACAGAUCGGGCGAUGGCUGGGCGCUUUGGAUGCCCUGCCUCCGAAAUCCAGGCAAAGUAAAGACAUCUCUAUCGCUGCCGAAACAGUUUCCCAGAACCUCUUUCCUUUCAUCCAGAAAUCUGAUGAGGAUCCUGAGUCUGUCACUCCGCUCGCCGAUCUGAGAAACUCAUACAGACGAGGAUCACGGGGCAUCAUUAUCUCUGUCGGUGGAGGCGAGGAGUCUGUCCGAUUCGCGAGCCACUUGAUAGUUUCACUCCGACAGGUGCUUCAUUCAAAGCUCCCCAUCCAGAUUGCGUAUGCCGGUGACGAAGAUCUGUCCCCUCGAGACCGCGUCAGAAUCCAAUCUCUGAAAGGCGCAACAGACAUGGAAUUCCUCAAUGUUCUCAGUGUCUUUGACGAUUCGACACUCAAGCUUCAAGGUGCCGGCUGGGCUAUCAAGCCUUUCGCACUACUGGCAUCCAAGUUUGAACAGGCUAUUCUCAUCGAUGCCGAUGCUGUCUUCCUGCAGAAACCUGAAAAACUAUUUAAUGAGGCUCCUUACGUCAACACAGGCGCGUACCUGUUCCAUGACCGUUUGCUCUGGAGAUCCAUGUUUCCCGAACGGCACACUUGGUGGAGGGAUCAAGUAAAGGAGCCCUCUGACGAACUCAAAAAGUCCCGGGGAUGGCGAGAAUGCUAUUCCGAAGAAAGUGACUCGGGUGUCGUAGUUGUUGACAAAUCGAAGAUUCCUGUAUUUACCGGACUACUCCACGUCGCCUGGCAAAACUCACUUGCCGUCCGAGAAGAUGUUACGUACAAGCUUGGUCAUGGCGACAAGGAGUCCUGGUGGUUGGGCCUCGAGCUUUCAGGAGCGCCGUAUGAAUUCGAAGCACACUACGGGUCCGUCAUAGGAUGGGGUGACUCUCUACAUGUGCACGAAGUCACCAUGGUGUGCUCCUUCGGCAUUGCACACCUCGACACCAAGGGCCGGUUGAUGUGGUACAACGGCGGUUUGCUGGAGAACAAGAGAACCAAUUUUGACAAUUAUCGGCUGCCGAGCUACUGGAUGACAGACGGGGUGUGGGAGAAAGAUGCCGCCGGAAGCGACAUGAGCUGCAUGAAUAAUGCUACGGCUCACAGAUUGACUGAUAAGGAGAAGACGAUUCUGGGCGAAAGCAUCGAUGCUGCCAUGAGGGUUGACGCUGCUCUUGCGAAGAAGAACUAG